AUGGACGCAACCUCCGACGAACUCACCUCAUGCUUCCCCUGGCCCGUGCCGCCGCACCCUGCAGUCGUGCCUGUGCCGUUGUGCCACGCAGGCUGGAGCAGCAAUAGUACAGAGGCUGUGCUCGCUAACCUGAAGGACAACCACCAGCGAUGGCACAUCUUCUUCGGCGAUAAGCACUUCCACAACCAUGCAGCGCACCACCUGCUUACCAUAUACGCGAUGGGUGCACCUGCGAGCUUGCUGAAUGCGGCAUACCACACGCAUGCUGUGUACCUGAAGCCGGCGUUCCAGCCGCCUGAGACCAACGAGAAGCGGAUAGCGAGAGAGGCCGCCGCCAAGGUGGUCAUCGACGACACCAACUGGAAAGAUUACCUGGGAGAUGACCGGUAUUACCAAGCCUACGCCUCGUUCUUCUCUAGCAAGCUUCUGGACAAAGCGGCAGGCAAGAACGUCAUCCAGCAUGUGCUCGAAGACUAUGUCUUCUCCAUAGACGCGAACUUGACGCCUGGAAAGAGUGCAAACGGCCAGAGGCCCCUCGUCCUGGCAUGUUUCCUCAGUGGCUUCAUGCAUCCGCAUAUCCACGCCGGUUAUGGUGCAGAAUUUGGCUUGCCUGGACUCAUAGCAGAAGGUGUUUCCGAGGCUGCGGUGCAACUAAGUGAGGCCGACGCGCCGCUCACACCUGAUCUCUUUGGCGCCGCAGCCAACGCCACAGAUCUGGCCUCUAAGGUCACAUCUCUGGCUUUCUCGUCUGCUGCAUCCAUCAGCAACGUACAUGCGCUCGAAAUCCUCGCGAGGGUUGCAAAUGACCCCACGUUUGCGCCGCAUAAUAUCAGGCGGCUUGUACCAGCGGACGCGGACAAGAAGAGCGUGGACCGCGUUGUGUGCAUUGGCGGAACGAUCCUUGUGGAGUAUCUCACCAGCUGGUUUGGGACUGUCAACGAGGACGUGGCAACGCUCCGUGCGAAAUUUGAAGAGAUUGUGUGGAUGAACACGGUCAUCUAUGCUGUUGCCGGGUGGGCCGAACGCGAGCUGGGCGAGGACGAGACCAAAGAGUUUAAUGGUGAUUUCUUCCUAAUGCACCUCGUCACCUCCUCUCUUCUUACUUCUUCGCUCCUGAAUGUCUUGAUACCGAAGUCCGCGGCGCUACUCUUGAGGACCUCCUUCGCCUUGAGCAUCGUCCUCUACGUCACGCGCGGCCGUCCUCCGCUGCCGAUCGACGCGUUCUACGCGCACACCACCACGCACCCGCACCCGCCGGGGCCAACGCCAACGCCGGACAAGGAUAUGCUCCCGCCAAACGAGCCGCGCUCGCAGCUGACACCAAAUCUGUGGUUCCCAAUUGUGCAGACGGUGUUCGUGCACCCGAACGAGCACCUCUGCAAGACGCAGCGGGCACUGUACCACUUUGCCGAGUGGUUUGGCGGCACACGUGCCCGCACCUUCGCGGGCCUUUCCUCACCCGAUCUGAGCAGCCUCGGCGGCGGUGGGCUCACGGGCGCGGAGAUGCUCGACGGCACGCUCUUUCUACAUGCGGCCUGGCUUACGGCGGGCCGGCUCGGCUGGAUGCGUGAGGGCGAGAAGGGGCAUAUGUGGGACGGGAUUGCAGAGAUUUAG